UAUCCUCUAGGGAGAGAUAUGCGAAGACGCCAUCUUGAGCCAGCUUACUGUCAACAUUUUGAGCCAGUCGAUCAUUAUUUGACUGCAUUGGUGCAAUAUUUUUGGAUAGUAAUGUUAUUUUUUUAUUUUUGUUGAUAAACAUUAGACAACAAAAUAAUUAUAAAUAGGCGCUAUUGUAAGUUGAACUUUCCUGACAAGAAUAAUGCUGUUCAAUUAGGGUAACCAACCUAUAUCCAAAGAUGGUUGCGUUGCUGGCAGUGUUGCUUUUGAUUGAUCUGAAGAGAUGAUUUUUUGUCCGAAAGCUACCGCAUGGUAUAAUGGAACUUGACGAAAAUCAGGUGAAACGACAGAGUUCAACCGAUUAUUUCGAUACCGUGAUCGGUCACAUCGAGGACAUUGUGAUUGGGGAAGAAUUUCAGAACUUGGUGAACCAGUUCAUGAAUUGCUACUACCAUCUGUUUGAGUCGGACGACGAGAACAAGAUCGUCUAUACGGAGAUCUACCAGAAGUACACCAAUCUGGUGGAGACGUACAUCGUAGAGAACCUGAACGAAAAGAUGAGCUUCUUCGAUAUGGACCGGUUUGCUCUGGAGUUGGAAAACAAAAAGUCGCAGGUGGAUGGGGAGAUUUUCGAACUGCUGUAUACGUUGACCGAUUUUCUUGCUUUCAAGGACAUGCUAAUCGACUAUAAAGCCUUUAAAGAGGGAGCUUACGAUGAACUAAGUAAAAAUUUCAGCGUAACCAGUCUUCAGAAGUAA